GUUGGCCACAUCAUAUCAGCAUUGAAACUGGAUUUAAGAGGACUCACGGGUGAUGUAAUGCUGGGUAUAAGAGCUAUGGACAAGCUCUUGGCUGUCUGGUCAGGAUCUGAUAAUUAGCAGCACACAGCAUACAAGACAUUUUAAAAGGUUCUUUGGGGCUUUCUUAGCAGUCAUGUCCUACCAGCCAAAUGUCAUCAGCUCCCAGCCUCAGGUCACCGUGACCCAGUACACUGUAUCUUCUGGCUCCUCGGACUGGAACUCCAAUGUGUGUGACUGCUGUGAAGACUGUGGCAUCUGUCUGUGUGCCACCUUCAUCCCGUGCAUUCUUGGCUGUAAAGUGGCCCAGGACAAUGGGGACAGCUGCUGCAUCCCAUUCCUCCCAGGUGCCAUGAUCGCUCUGAGGACAAGCGUUCGCAGCAGAUAUCACAUUAGUGGCUCGGUGUGUGACGACUGGGUGGUCAUGUCAUGUUGCCCGCUUUGUGGAUUAUGUCAGAUGGCACGCGAGCAAAAGAUGAGAGGAAACUAAAAUAUAGAUUUGAUGUCCGUAAUCAAUAUAAUGCUGACUGAAAUACUCAAAAAGUUGAAAGUAGGUUGUCCAAUUAUGAGUUAUACACUGUUUCAGUCCAAAUGAGCAGCACAAGACUAAACAAGACAGGCAUUUAAUUUUUUUUUUUUUUUUUUUUUUUUUUU